CUCCAGCAGCUGCCGGGAAGGGCUGGGCACGAGCGCGGUGUGGUGCUGGGUCGGUGCGGGCGCGCGGAGCAGCAGCAGCCAUGCGGGAGAUCGUGCACAUCCAGGCCGGCCAGUGCGGCAACCAGAUCGGCGCCAAGUUCUGGGAGGUGAUCAGUGACGAGCACGGCAUCGACCCCACCGGUAGCUACCAUGGGGACAGUGACCUGCAGCUAGAGAGGAUCAAUGUGUACUACAAUGAAGCCACAGGUAACAAGUAUGUGCCCCGUGCAAUCCUUGUUGACUUGGAGCCUGGCACAAUGGACUCGGUCAGAUCUGGACCUUUUGGGCAGAUCUUCAGACCUGACAACUUUGUCUUCGGUCAGAGUGGUGCCGGAAACAACUGGGCAAAGGGCCACUACACAGAAGGAGCCGAGCUGGUGGACUCUGUCCUAGAUGUGGUGAGGAAGGAGUCGGAAAGCUGCGAUUGCCUGCAGGGCUUCCAGUUGACUCAUUCGCUGGGUGGUGGCACGGGCUCUGGGAUGGGCACCCUCCUCAUCAGCAAGAUCAGGGAGGAGUACCCGGACCGCAUCAUGAACACCUUCAGUGUCAUGCCCUCGCCCAAGGUGUCUGACACAGUGGUGGAGCCCUACAACGCCACCCUGUCUGUCCACCAGUUGGUGGAGAACACAGAUGAAACCUACUGCAUUGACAAUGAGGCCCUGUAUGACAUUUGCUUCCGCACGCUGAAACUCACGACCCCCACCUACGGGGACCUCAACCACUUGGUGUCGGCCACCAUGAGCGGCGUGACAACCUGCCUGAGGUUCCCCGGCCAGCUGAAUGCUGACCUGCGCAAGCUGGCCGUCAACAUGGUACCUUUCCCCCGCCUGCACUUCUUCAUGCCCGGGUUUGCCCCGCUGACGAGCCGUGGCAGCCAGCAGUACCGUGCCCUGACAGUGCCGGAGCUGACGCAGCAGAUGUUCGAUUCUAAGAACAUGAUGGCGGCCUGCGACCCGCGCCACGGCCGCUACCUGACGGUGGCCGCCAUCUUCCGGGGCCGCAUGUCCAUGAAGGAGGUGGACGAGCAGAUGCUCAAUGUCCAGAACAAGAACAGCAGCUACUUUGUCGAGUGGAUCCCCAACAAUGUCAAGACGGCCGUCUGCGACAUCCCCCCGCGAGGCCUCAAGAUGUCUGCCACCUUCAUUGGGAACAGCACAGCCAUUCAGGAGCUGUUCAAGAGGAUCUCGGAGCAGUUCACGGCCAUGUUCCGGCGUAAGGCUUUCUUGCAUUGGUACACAGGCGAGGGAAUGGAUGAGAUGGAAUUCACGGAGGCCGAGAGCAACAUGAAUGACCUGGUCUCCGAAUACCAGCAAUACCAAGAUGCCACGGCUGAUGAGCAAGGUGAAUUUGAAGAGGAAGGCGAGGAGGAUGAGGCUUAACUUCAGAGGGUUAGGAGAAAAUUUUAGUAAAAUCAGGCAAGUGUUCUGAACAAAACCUGUUCACAGUUGUGCUGAAGCAUGUUUUCUUUUUUUUAUUAUACUUUGGUGCUCUCCACUGUUUCCUCUGCCAGCAGUUUUGUAACCUUGACUGUCAUUGUAACAGUAGUUGCAAAAAUACUUCAGAGUCUGUUUAAAUGGUUAACUUCACAAAAUAUAAAAGGCUUUUGUGUUCUAAA